AUGCCUCUGGCCACGGACGAACAUGAUGAUGUCCGCCGGUACCAGGCACCAUACAGCGCUCGCAGACCUGUGCCUACAAUCUCCAGGUACCGCGAAGAGAAGGCUGCCAGACAACAAGAGUCCAUGCGAAGUGACUCAGAUGAGAAUAUCGCCGCAGAGCCCCCUGUCGUCACGGCUGCCGAUGAGGCAAAGCAUGAACAUUCGCCCUGCCCCUCUCGCGAGGACAACGCCAAACAAGAUGAGGACAAUCACGUCGCCAUCCCCGAAGAUACCUCGCAGGUUGACCCGGCCUCGACCGAUGUAAAACAAAGGAGAAAAGAGUUGAAGCUCAGGCGGAAGGAAAGGGCCGAGCGGGAGGUGACGGAUCCCGUUACUCACCUCCCCGUCACUAUCCACGAUUUCACAGACGAGGCACUCAAGGAAACUGUCCUGGGUCAUGCCGCUUUUAAAUCCGAGAAGCGAUCUGCGACGGAUUUGAGUUUAAAACGUGACUCUGCUGAGCACUGGCAAAGUCAGACUCGACACCUCCAACAAGUUCACGAGAGAAUUAACCACAGAUUCCCACCUCCCGAUUUCGAUUUAUUGAAUCAAAACAUUACGGCAAUCAACAAUCGAGGGCUGACGUUUGGUCUUGCGGGGCUUGCGGUUGUCGUUCUGUCUGCCUUCUUUCUGGGAGCGUUCUCCCAUGAACGAAAACAAAUAGCGCCUGGCUCCGAAGCUGAUAGUGGCAGCGACAAGUUGUGGAUGCUCUCUAUCCUACUAGUAUCCGGCGCUGCCGCAGCAGUGAUUGCUGGAGUACGAGACUAUACCACUCGCAAAAUCAACAACAUCUUCCAAGAUGAGGUUUGGGACGCUCACCGCCAGCAGCUCGCCAAAGACACCAGCAAGCACGAGACUGAGACAACCAUAUGGCUCAAUUCCGUGUUGGGUGCUGUUUGGCCGCUGAUAAACCCAGACCUUUUCCUCAGCCUGUCGGAUACUCUCGAAGAUGUCAUGCAAGCCUCGCUCCCCAAGCUGGUUCGGAUGGUGAGCGUCGAGGAUAUUGGCCAGGGGAGUGAAUCUAUUCGAAUACUGGGCAUUCAAUGGCUGCCGACGGGGGCCGCUAGCAAGUCUGUAACUGCGAGUGGCAAGCUCACGUCGCCGGACGAUUCUGAGGGGAAUAACGGCAGCCAAACACCGGCUUUCAAGAAACCCGGCGAACUUGGCGAUCCCAAGACCUUGUCAAAGGUUGAAGCUGUCGCCGAGGGAAUGGAGGGUGAAGAAGGCGAUUUCGUCAAUUUGGAAGUGGCGUUUGCAUAUCGAACUCGGUCCAGCUCGCGAAGCCUCAAGGACAGAACCAAGGACAUGCAUCUCUACGUGGCAUUCUACUUACCUGGAAACAUCAAGAUACCCGUCUGGGUAGAUUUGCUUGGUAUUAUCGGAACAAUGAGGAUGCGUCUACAGCUGUGUCCGGAUCCGCCAUUCUUUUCGCUUUGUACAGUUACCUUCAUGGGACAACCAAAAGUCGACGUGCGGUGUGUUCCAUUGAGCCGUCGUGGUCUCAAUAUCAUGGAUAUUCCACUCAUUAGCAACUUUGUUCAGAGUGCCAUUGAUGCCGCUGUGGCCGAGUAUGUCGCGCCAAAGAGCCUGACCUUGGACUUGAAGGAUAUCCUGGCGGGUGAUGAUUUCAAGAAAGAUACGGUCUCGAGUGGAGUUCUAAUGAUACAUAUCAAACGCGGAUAUGAUUUCAAGAUGGGAGACUCGGCAAUACCCCUUAUCCGAGAGGCGAGUUCCGAUCCUUAUGUGUCGGUUGGGUGGGCCAAGUUCGGCAAGGUUCUCUGGAGUACGCGCAUUUUGAAAUGUGAAAUGGAACCUUGCUGGGACGAAACGUGCUUUGUCCUCGUCACCCCGGAGGAGGUGAAUAUUGACGAGAGACUCCGUGUUCAACUAUGGGAUUCGGACAGGUUCACGGCGGACGAUGAUCUGGGACGUAUUGAAGUUAGCUUGAAGGAGCUUAUGAAAAGCCCGGAAUCGAGAGGAAAGACUUGGCAUCGAACUGACGGAUUCCGUGCUCUCAAGGCCGGCGAUAACAUGCCUGGAAAGCUGGAGUGGAGCGUGGGCUACUUCCCCAAGGCCCGAAUUCAGCAAGGCCAGUUUGACAAGCAAACCCAUGAUCCCAAAAUUCGAUCGAUGGAACAGCUCAAAGAAAAGGUAGACGAGACUUGCGAGCGAAAACUUCGCGAAUUUAUGAUCAAAGAAGGCAUCAAAGUGCGUGAUGAGGAAGAAUUAGAACAGCAAAUUAUCCAGGAGAUGAAGACACAAACGGAUGCCAUGAUAUGUUCGGCGCCUCCACCAGAUGACUAUCCCAGCGGUUUGUUCAGCAUUCAAAUCCACAACAUCACUGGUCUUGAAGUCGAAAGACUGAACAAGCGUCAGCCUGAAGAUUAUGACGAAGAGAGUGAUGAAGAAGAAGAGGGUGAUGGACUGCCCAGCUCUUACUGCACCGUUAUCAUCAACCACAGCAAGACAUUUAAGACGCGAACGAAACCACAAAAUGCAAAGCCCUUCUUCAAUGCUGGAUGCGAGCGUUUCAUUAGAGACUGGAGAGAUAGCGAGGUAUUUGUCUCCGUCCGGGAUGCAAGACUUCACGAAGACAACCCCCUUCUAGGGAUUGUUCAUCUUCCCCUCGCGGAGCUUUUCAAGGACCGCUCCCAAAUCAUGGGAUGGUACCCCUUAAGUGGUGGUGUCGGUCGUGGUCGCAUCAGACUAUCCAUGGUCUGGCGCAGCGUCCGACUCCAAGCUCCCUCUAACCUCUUGGGCUGGCAAUAUGGCACUGUUGAUGUACAUCCAAUUGCCGUCAGCGAAAAUUGCCAGCCCGAGCUGAAGUCGUGUAAACUUAAGCUCAAGACAGACAUUAGCAUGGGCAAAAUGCGACCUAUAGGAAGCAGCGGCAAAUGGACGUCCAAAAAGGAGCAGGACCUCCAUUUGGCCGUCAAGAAGCGCUAUAGCAGCUGCAUGGCCGUUGAGUUUCGAGACAAGCGCUUCCUGGGGGACAAAGUCUCUGCAUUCUGCGUCCUCUGGCUCAAGGAUAUCCCCGACGAAGAGGAACAAGAUCUCGAACUCCCCAUCUGGAAGGGUGAUUACGAGCGCGCAACAGCGAAUUGUUUAGGAGACUGCGGUGAAAAACUGGGCACUCUGAAAGUUAAACUGACUUUCUUGUCCGGAAUGGUAAACUAA